CUUUACUUCCCCGACUCAAGUCCUUCCUACCAAGAGCUAGCUACCUCGCCAUGGCGUUCUCCAAGCCCCCCGCUCUCCUGCUGCUCGUUGCUCUGUCCGCGACCGCCAUGCUCGCCGCCGGCCAAGGCUGCGGCGGCCACAAGGUGACGGUGCAGAACCUAUGCGGCCAGGACCUGAAGCUGAGCCUCGAGGAAGUCGCGCACAGCGCGGCCCUCUUCCCCGACGGGUGGGUGCUCCCAGACGGGAAGCACGGGUCGUUCGACGUGUGCGCGUGGACGGGGGGCGUGCUUGCGCCCGGCGCUGCCGUGGCCAAGGUCCACCUGGGCCACGACGGCGGCGCGUACUACGAGGUGAGCACCCAGCAGUCGGGCCCCAUCCGCGUCUCCGUCACCCCGCACGGCAGCCCGCUGCGGGGGCACUGCCCCACCGCCGGGUGCAAGGGCGGCGACCACUGCUUCGAGCACUCCGUCCCCGAUGGCGACUGCCACGGCGUCAUCGAGAUGAAGAUCGUCUACUACAAACAAUAGGUCGAUCGAAUGGCCUUGCUAGCUGCUGCGUACCUCCGAGUGGUUUCCCAUAAUGUUGCAGUGCAGCUAGCUAGCUCGAUCGUCAGUCGGUGUUGCAUGCAGCUGUUGCCGGUGAAUCUGUGGUGUGUUGGCGGUCACCGUCGUCGGUCGUGUAGUGUUGGAUUUGCAGUUUAACUUUGUAUUUGCAGAGAUGCAUGCAUGGGCUUAGCUCAGAUGCAAGUGUUUGGGUGUCAUGGCUCGUGAGUCGGACACAUGUACUAGCUACUGUUAUUUCUACGUCUUUUCUACAGAUGGUGAAUUUUAUUGGGUUAAAAUAAA